AUUAUUAAACGUAUAAAAGCCAUUCUCUUUAAGCUCUUUUUGUUUUUUUGCUUGACAGGGACACUAGUGUAUUUUUAUGUUGUGCAGUCUGUUUCCAGCGCUUGGUUGGCUCUCAGAUUUUAGAGCAAAUGGAAUUGCAGAGGCAUGGUUGAUAUCGUCUUUCUCAGUUUGACAUCACUCGAGAUAGAGAGAGAGAGACUAGUUGUAGGUUACUGUAUUUUCGAGGUGAGGCGGGGGUAGCGCGCUGAGGUGGAGGAGAACAAGGGCGCCCGGUGGAAACUGAGAGCGGUAAUGGACUUGGGUGCUGUCAUUGAUAAAACGCUGCAAGGUGAAAAUUGAGUGAAAAUGACAUUUCGCGGCCAGACCUCUACAGUGAAAGCAGCUGGGUUCAUAUUUAUCCCUCGGAUUUCAGGCACCCUCAGUGGGGUCUCAGAUUCUCUGAUCAUCGAAUGAAAAGCGCACCCGAUACAUAAUUGGGUCCUGUUAUUACUCGGGGCAGAAAGCUUCUUCUCUUUGUAUCUUUGUCAAGCACAAUCUGACCUUUUGGUUAAUCGAAGAAAAUGUAAUUAUUUAUUAAACAUAAAUAGGCUAAUUCUUCGUGAAAUAAAUGUUGAAACCUGCAGAGAAAAAAAAAAUGUAUAUGUGAUUUUACGCAAUGAGGUUGAGUAAGAAAUAAUUAAUAAAACGCACUCCUUGAUAAUGGUUUACGUUUUUUGUCAAAAAGCUAUUUGAUUAGAACAUAAACCAUUUCAAUAAUUAAACCACAAAACAGUAUUAUCUGGUCCGAUAUAAAGGCUGCACUGUAAUGAAGGGCCGAAAUAUUACAAUAUUACAUCGUCAUUUUCGCUUAUUUCAUGACAGACAAAAUGUUGCGUUAUUACAUAGCAAUAACUAGAGCCAUGUGUUUAGAUAAGACACGGCUCUGGUAAUAACAUCCGUGUUUGCACUCUGACUUUGAGCUGUUCUCCUGUGGGAUUAUAGAUUUUUUUUAAACUUCCUCUAAACCAUGCACACAAAAAAUCUAGGGGGUACAAAGUACAUGAGGACGGCUGGGGGGGUGGUGAAAUUGGAGAAUUUGACAUUUUUCAAUCAGCUGAAAUAGCUUUUUCUUGUAGUCUAGAGCCAUAAUCAUAAUGCUUAAUUAUAUGUAUAAAAAUAUAAAAUAAAAAGUAUUUAAUGACUAAAAUAACCAUUUGAGCUCUUCAAUGGUUCCUUACAGUUCACAAAAGGGUUCUUUACUCAUUUAGUGAUAAUUCAAAUGUAGGACACGCUUAGAAUAUUGUUGUGUAACCGUGAGUCAGAGUGUCAUUCCAGUUAGUCUCAUGUGUUGUGUUAGGCCAGUAUCUGCGUUUAGUCGUUCGAAGUGCUUUGUGAAAGACUCAUGUAUGGUCUUGUUAAUUGAGAACGAUUGAUGAAAUCAGUCAGUUCUCAAUUCUUUCUUCAGGGACCCCCAUCUGUUCCAGCGGUAGCUCACUCGACUCAACUUGUCGAUUAACACAGUAAUAACACCUAUGGAAUUCUAACAAUAUAAUAUGGCUGACCAGAAUUGAAAAAAAAACGGAUUGUUUUUCAAAAUAAUCUAUAAAAUGACCUUUCAUGUUGAGAAAUGUUCUUUAUAUCACCAAACAGGUUCUAAUUAGCAUGGUUCUUUAUUGAACCUUCAAAAAAGGGCUCCCGCUAUGGUUACAAGCCAAAUGACCCCUAUCUGGUGUUAUUUAGAACCAUUAUUUUCUUGUGUGUAGUUGACCAUCUACCUUUUUCAUUAUAUUCAGUCAAUGCCUCUGUGAAGUAAAUAUGGAAAGGUUGCCAGUUGCCUUUAAAACAUUCACAUUUAUUUACCACACUUUUAAGUUAAUUGUUGGUGACCUUUCUGGUUCCCUUUAGGGCUCUAAGGUAGAGAUGACAAACUGCAUCCAUGCACUAUCCAUUCACUCUCAGCAGUACUAUGGCCACCGGACAUUUGACUCAGGCUAAUAUUCAGUAUUGGAAUAGGCUUCUCUUGCACCCUGGUCAUGAUGUACAGUUAAACGAUGGAUUGUGGAAUGAGUGUGUGGAUUCAGGAUCAGGACGCUGUUGGCUUUUAUCCACAGUAGUAAUGAAAGUGCUACGAUUUCAGAUUAGUCCUGCAGAUAUGUAAUGGAGAGAGAGAGAGAGACUGAAUGGAAUGGAAGUGCAACGCUUUCAGAUGAACAAUGCAGAUAUCUAUUGGCUAUUUCCUAUGUUCGUGCCACCAGAACUGUAGAUACAUUUAUAUAUGGAGCCAGAGUCUUUGGCUGAAAGGUUUUGUGAUGACUAAUUUCUAAGCUAUCUGCACUCUAACAAAAUGCUGUAGAUAUUUUUGGCCAACCGUGAGAGUGAAUGCCAUUCCAGUUAAUACAUUCUGUCGUAUUGUCAAGGAAUUACAAGGGUUGAGUCAGUCAGUCAAAUACAUGGUGGAGAGUGUGGUGAAUUGGUGGUGGCGAUGAUGAUGAUGUUGUCGUCUGUCCUGCAAAGUUAGGAUGUGUUAGUUAUCCUGUGAGAGGUUUUGUUCUGAAAAUACUGCGGUCUAUUAUGACCCAAGCUUAUGGUCAUGUUGCAGCAGUGUGUAGGAGGGAGAUGUAACAAGUGUGCAGGAGGGCACGAGACGAAGGAAUGCGUCGCAUCGGUGGAGAAAGUUGUGUGUUAGCUGUGGCGGUGCCCAUGGGGUUGGAGAUCGGGUCUCCAGUGAGACAAUAGGCAGGUUGAGGGUCCGAGUAGUACAGACAGUGUCGUAUGCCGAAGCAGUGAAGAGAGGGGUAGAGGAAGAUGGGUACAGCGUGGGGGAUCCCGAGAGGAUUUCUGUGAGUAGGAAGAGACCAUUAGAGAGGGAUGGGAAUAAUAUGCGCUUCAGUAAGGUGGGUUUCUUAGCAUUCAUAGACGUGCUUGUCAACCGAACCGCAGAAAUGCAACGUGAGUCACAGAGAAUUUGAGGUUGUGGUGGCAGCUGCAGAGAAGUCCUUGGGUUUGUGAGUUUUUGCUGCAAAAGAUUUGCAGGGGGUGUUGAGUGGUAGUUCUUUCCUCCCAGACCUUUGGCCUGGAGAAGGAUUAGAUAGGGUUAAAUAAUGGAAUUAGGGUAGUGUUUUUUUAGCGAGGGCUAAUAAUUGUCAGGGUCAUUUUCCUUUUCCCCCAAUUUUGUAUUACCAGAAGUUAGUAGUAGGUGGCGGUGUAUGCAACUAGAAGUUGGAUGUGAACCAAUCCCAAAGUAGAAGAAGAAGAGUCAGUGAAAGUAACUUGAAGAGGACUCGUGAUGAUUUUUUUGCAUUUCUUCCAUCCAGAGGGCGCGGGCGCUCACAGCCAUGCACAUUGGGGCAAUAACUAUGACUUGCUUUGCUCUUUGGAGCAGGGUGCCAUUAAAAGGAGUGAUGGAGUUAAGUGCUGAGGAGGAUCAACUGAAAUGGAAGAUUCCAGGUGUAUGUGACUCCCGCCAUUUGGUGCGACGCAGACCCAGUGGAGAGCGUGGUGAAACAGAGAAGACACUGUCUGUCCUGCUGAGUUUUUAACCUGACAGCCAUGGUUAUCAACUGUACAGCAGAAAUGGAACGUGUUGCCAGCGAACCCAGAGGAGUCGUGGCAGGUGUACAGUUCAGCCCAGGACAGUGAGGGGAGGUGUGUGUGCACCGUGGUGGCACCGCAGCAGUCCAUGUGUUCACGAGAUGCCCGCACCAAACAGUUGAGGCAACUGCUCGAGAAGGUCCAGAACAUGACCCAGUCCAUCCAGGUGCUGGAUCAGCGGACACAGAGGGACCUGCAGUACGUGGAGAAGAUGGAGGUGCAGCUGAGAGGUCUGGAGACCAAGUUCAGACAGGUGGAGGAGAACCACAAGCAGAACACUGCCAAGCAAUACAAGGCCAUAAAAGCGAAAAUGGAGGAGCUUAGGCCGUUGAUACCAGUGUUGGAGGAGUACAAGGCCGAUGCCAAAUUGGUAUUGCAGUUUAAGGAAGAGGUCCAGAACCUGACGUCAGUUCUAAGCGAGCUCCAGGAGGAGAUGGGAGCCUAUGACUACGAGGAACUCCACACCAGAGUGUCAAAUCUUGAGGAGAGACUCCGAGCAUGCAUGCAAAAAUUAGCAUGUGGGAAGUUGACGGGCAUCAGCGAACCUGUCACCAUCAAGACGUCUGGAUCCAGGUUCGGAUCCUGGAUGACUGACCCUGCAGCACCGGAGGGAGAUACACGGGUGUGGUACAUGGAUGGUUACCACAACAACCGAUUUGUGCGGGAGUACAAGUCCAUGGCGGACUUCAUGACGACGGACAACUUCACGUCUCACCGCCUCCCCCACCCAUGGUCCGGUACAGGUCAGGUGGUCUACAACGGCUCCAUCUACUUCAACAAGUUCCAGAGCCACGUCAUCAUCAAGUUCGACUUCAAAACCUCCACCAUCAGCAAGUCCCGACAGCUGGACAACGCCGGCUACAACAACAUGUAUCACUACGCCUGGGGCGGCCACUCCGACAUCGACCUCAUGGUGGACGAGGGCGGGCUGUGGGCCGUCUACGCCACCAAUCAGAACGCAGGGAACAUCGUGAUCAGCAAGCUGAAUCCCAGCACGCUGCAGAUCAUCAAGAGCUGGACCACCAACCACCCCAAGAGGAGCGCCGGCGAAGCCUUCAUGAUCUGCGGUACUCUCUAUGUUACCAACGGUUACUCUGGAGGGACCAAGGUGUACUACGCUUACAGCACUAACUCCUCCACGUAUGAGUACAUAGACAUCGCCUUCCAGAACAAGUACUCCCAUAUCUCCAUGCUUGACUACAACCCUCGGGACCGUGCGCUCUACGCCUGGAACAACGGACACCAGGUCCUGUACAACGUCACGCUGUUCCACGUCAUCAGCUCACAGGAACUGUAACCACAGAGGCAGGACUAUAUACAAUAUAAUAUAUACACACAAUAGAAAGAGAGAGAUCAUUCUAUAUAUGAACAUAUAUCUAUGGGAGACUUUAUGGAAAGAGUAUCAUAUAUAGUAUAUUGUAAAACUGUACUACGAGAGAUUAGAUUAAACGUGACUGGAACUGCAACAUAGAUGAAUGUGCACUAUCUAUUGGAAUUAAAAAGAUAACUGUUUGCUAAGAAGGAAAGAAACAUGAUACAUCUAGAGAUCAAAAUGAUAUAUUGGACUGAAAAGAACAGAUGCCAAAUAAACAUCACGCCUUUUUGAAUCAUGAAUAGUAACUAUCGUAGAAGAUUGUCUUGGUGGCUCUGUGUGUCUCUGGAUGGACUGUACCUCCUUCCUCCUUCCUGGACUUAUCUCAGGGUCAGGGAGGUCCUAGCAAUGGACUAUGGGAUUGGUUAUUAACUGUUUGCCAACCAGGACCCCCUGGCCCCUCAGACAGAGAGGGAGAACCUCGCCCCUCGAACAGAUAACGGGAAAACAGAGGAGGUCCUGGUCAAACGGUGAGAACUGUGGGAAGAUAUUAUGUCCAGAUGACCACCGAGCCUAUGACCACAGUCUGUCACACACACUUUUAUCCAUUCAGUAGCAAAUAAAGAAGUCUGUAAACAAGUAAACAGCAACAACAUCAACAUCCAUGAGAAGACCUGGGCCUGUAUUCACCAAGAGUCUCAGAGUAGGAGUGCUGAUCUAGGAUCAGGUCCCCUCUCUUAUGCGUUAUGUUUGAAGGGCAAAUCUGAUCCGAAAUCAGCACUCACUUUUUGAAUACAGUCCCUGAAAGCACUGACUGUUGGGGCGAACUGUUGUAUUGUACAAGAAGAAGGCUGGGAUUCAAUCAGAGCCGCGUAGUAACGCACUUGACAUUUAAAGGUAAAAUUGAUUGAGCCGACAUCUGCAGCGUUUCCAUAGACGCAAUCUCCGCGAACUUUGCCUCUAAAAGCCGAAUUGUCGACUUCGCUAAGACGCGACUAUUGGAUUGAAUCCCCGGUUGAAGACUUUCCUGUGUUUGUGACUCCGUGUGAAACAGCCUUGAUUUGCAUGAGUGUUUUUUUUUACCAUUCUCGUCUGCUACCUUCUGAACGUCGUUGUGCUGUAUUAUACUGUACCUAUUGAAGAAGGGGAUGGGGUAAAGGGUUAGUGUAGGUACCUUUGGGAUUUCAGGGGAGGGGAGUUACAAAGCUGUUUGCUUUUUCACUUGUUUGUUUAUAGAAUGUUUUUUUUCUUCCAAUCAGAUCAUUUUUUUUGGGGGGGGGGGUAAUGUUCUUGUAUCACCCCCUAACUGUUGGCACCGGCUUUGCUUCUCUGUCUGUGUUUAGUUGGGACAUGCGUGGGAGAACCCUAGCUCAUAUCCAGUUGAUAUAUUUCAGAAGAUUAGAAAAUAAUAGAUUGUAUCACGUAAUAUAUCCAGGAGACCUGGGCUCAGUCCUAUGGCUUCAACCUAACCAUCAUCAGCCUACUGUUUGAAGUAUCCCUCUUAGUCGAGGGUAAUGAUGUUAAAUGUAUAUCUCCCCUCCCACCCACCAACAAAAGAAUAAUGCUGUUUAAAUGUAAAUCCCAUCGCAGAGGACAAUGGCUUUUCACUCUUUUUGCGCUUUUGCUGGACGUGUGUUGUACCUGAGAUGAGAUAGUUAAUGGUUUGUGUCAAUAAACAGAGAAUCUUUGUUCCGAGCUGAUGCCUCACACAGUCUGAAUGACAAAAUGAUUGAGCGCCAUGGAGCCACAAAAGGGGGAAUCGAAGAGCCCCAGGUUAUGGCUGCUGUUUCUGUGCAUGUGACUGACUGUAAGACCACCUCAUGGGUCUUACUCUAAAGUCAUGUUUUUUGAGUGUAUUCUGCUUCAGAUAAAAGUUCAAGAAAGAUUAUUCCUUAAAUGGAGAUAAUUUACAGUAUAUAAUUUUCCGUAUGUGGACAAGUGUUUCAGAAUCAGUGGUGGGGUGUAGUUAACCACAUGUAGUUCAACUAGUAACUUAACUACAUUCUGCAGUAGCUUGGUGGUAGCUGAACUACAUUCAAAUCUUGUUAGUAUUUUCAGUAGUUGAUUACAUUUCUGCAAUGUUAGCGGUGUACUUAACUACUGGAACUGCAAAGUACUUUUUUUGCAGAAAGAAAAGAAAAUCAGAACUGCCUUAUACUCACUUGAAACAUUGUCUUUGUGUUUAAUAGACUAUAUUACCUAUUCUGCAAACAUCUGACUCCAGAGUGAACUGUUCUUGCAAUUUGUAGUCUGACAUUUUUUUUAAACAUUUUGUUGCAUUACAAA